AGUAUUUGACCCCUGGGCCGCAUGUUUGAGACCCCUGCUUUAGAUGAAAACUGAAUAAUACCAAUACAAGGCAAUUACAGAUUGUACUCUAGCAUCUAAACUGACCUCAUUAUCAGAUGUUUACACAUGAACCACUUUGAACGUUCAACUCUGCAUUAAGUGCAUUUUUAGUUUGACCAAACAACAUUUGUUAUGUCUCUUAACUCAUGUAAACUCAUUUAACGAUUCAGUCUAUCAAGUGGUUUGACAGUGCGUCCUGAUCUUCUGAGCACAGGUGAUUGGUCACUUUGCUCAACACUGUCCUUAACAGGUGAGAAAGAAACCAAAGGUGGAUUUGAACUGAAACCUAGAAGUCAUAUCUGGAGGAAGACCAAGAUCACCUGAUUCCAGCAAAAAUGGAUGGAAGACCCACCUGUUACCAGUGUGGAAGGACUUUCACCAGAAUGAGUGUGCUGAAGGAACACCAACGCAUUCACACAGGAGAAAAACCAUAUCACUGUGACCAGUGUGGGAAGACUUUCACCAGAAUGAGUGGGCUGAAGAAACACCUACUCAUCCACACUGGAGAAAGACCAUGUGAGUGUGACCAGUGUGGAAAGACUUUCACCACAGUGAGUGGGCUGAAGGAACACCAACACAUCCAUACUGGAGAAAGACCAUAUGAUUGUUACCAGUGUGGGAAGGCUUUCACCAGAAUGAGUGGGCUGAAGAAACACCUACGCAUCCACACUGGAGAAAGACCAUGUGAGUGUGACCAGUGUGGAAAGACUUUCACCACAAUGAGUGGGCUUAAGGAACAUCGACGCAUCCACACUGGAGAAAGACCAUAUUACUGUGACCAGUGUGGGAAGACUUUCACUAUAGCAAGUCAUUUAAAAAUCCACCUGCGUAUCCACACUGGAGAAAGACCAUAUAACUGUGACCAGUGUGGGAAGACUUUCACUAUAGCAAGUCACUUAAAAAUCCACCAGCGCAUCCACACUGGAGAAAAACCAUAUAACUGUGACCAGUGUGGGAAGGCUUUUGCCACAACGAGUGUGCUGAAAGAACACCUACGUAUCCACACUGGUGAAAAACCAUAUAACUGUGAUCAGUGUGGGAAGACCUUUACCAUAGCAAGUGCCUUUAAAAGGCAUCAUCGCAUCCACACGGGAGAAAGACCAUAUAACUGUGACCAGUGUGGAAAGACUUUUAUCACAGCAAAUGAUCUAAAAAUCCAUCAGCGUAUGCACACUGGAGAAAGACCAUAUGACUGUUACCAGUGUGGGAAGACUUUCAGAUCCCUGUCUACUUUAUAUUCUCACCGCCGUGUUCACCUCAAGAAGUUGAUGUACCCCUGUGAUAGGUGUACAAAGAUAUUCUGGUCACCUUCCUCUUACAAGUAUCACCAGCGGACCCAUAUUGGAGAGAAUCCCAACCAGUGCAGAUUCGGUGACAGAUCUUGUAUCACAGGUUCACAAUGUAUCAAACAUGAACGCAUCAAACAUUUCCACAAAAGAGAAAAACUGAACAGUUGUACAAAAAGUAAGACUGUAGACAAUCAGUGUCAUAACCCACCAAAACAGUUGGAGUGUUAGCAAAGUCCAAACAGAUUCUAGUGAAUCUGAACAUGAUCUGUUCUCUCCCAUCAUCAAUGCAGAUCUGAAUCAUCAACAUCUGGACCAAAUAGUUCCUCAGCAUCAGAUUACAAGAAGAAACACAGUGUGUCUGAACCAGCAGCACUGACUUCUUCUGACAAGAACAUCAGACUUCAAAACCUCCAGAUCAGGCUUCACAGGAUCCAGAUGUGAAGACAAACACCAGACUGAAAGCUGUGUUUUGUUGUCUUCAGAGUACAGAAGUGUGUUCUAAUGCACCACCUUCACAAAACAGUGACAUUACAGAAGCUCCACCUACCACCAGGUGAAAAGUUCAACUAGUGGAGGUCAACAAGGACCUGGUUUCUAUUCAGAUACUACUUCUGAUUGACUUUGUGGACAUUGAAUCAGUCAGAGGUCGCGUUAACCAAAAAUAUAAUAUCCAACCAAUAAUAUAUAUUUUUAAGAUGGAAUGACAGAAAAUUCUGAAGACCGUCCAUCAUUUUUAUCAAAGUAAAAUACUGAGGGUAAUCUACCAAAGAAAGGUUCCACACAACACUGAAAAGAACCUGGACCAGGAUCUCUGGUCUGUCUGUCUGAACAAG